AGGGAGAGUUGUCUGCUUAGACGGUAGUGAUUUUCAUAAAUGACGUGUAAGAAUAAUGUUUACGAGCAGACAUGGUGAUUGAAAGAAGAGCCAGUAGGUCAAAAAGAGACAAACCAGCACGGAGAACCAACUCAGUGGACGCAGAUGGUGCUGAAUGUGUUCAAAGUUCAAAGGAUCACGAAAACGAUUACUCUGAAAAAGAGCAGAAUAUCCUCAAAGUUUUGGAUAGUGGCAGUGCUGAUGUAGAAGGAUUGAGAGGUUUUGCUGUCAGUCCAGGAGGACUAGUUAAUGAUGAUAUAAGAAAAGAAGUGUGGCCCAGACUGCUUAAUGUUAAUGUCAUUGACAUUCCCCAGAAACCAUCAGUGGAAAUUUUACAUGGACACAGGGAUUAUACACAAGUUGUUAUGGAUGUUAAUAGGUCCUUAAAGAGGUUUCCUCCAGGUAUGGAUGAAGAUGUCAGAAUGUCCUAUCAGGAUCAGCUAGUGGACUUGAUAAUGCGGGUGUUGGUGCAGCACAAUGAACUUCACUAUUAUCAGGGUUAUCAUGAUAUCUGUGUCACAUUUCUGCUGGUUCUAGGGGAGGAUCUAGCUUUUGCCAUUCUUGAUGUAUUGUCAUUACAGCAUCUCAGGGACUUCAUGGACGCCAACAUGGACAGAACAAAGCACAUUCUCAAUUACUUGUAUCCAAUUGUAGGAAGGGCUAAUCCUACACUGAGGCACUUUAUGGAAGAGUCUGAAGUAGGAACUGUGUUCUGUUUGAGCUGGUUGAUCACAUGGUUUGGUCAUGUGCUAGGUGACCUAGAUUCCAUAGUGAGGCUGUAUGAUUUUUUCAUGGCAUGUGAUCCUCUAAUGCCUAUAUACAUGGCAGCAUCUAUUGUGCUGUAUCGUGAAAAGGAAAUUCUUGCCAGUGAGUGUGAAAUGUGCACUUUGCAUGGGAUGUUGUCUAAAAUACCAGACAAUCUGCCUUAUGAACAAUUAAUUGUAAAGGCAAAAGAUCUGUUCUCAAAAUUUCCUCCAAAGACAGUUGCCAAGGAGGCAAGAGAAAUUCACGAACAGAAAAAAUGUGCUCUUUCUCAGCAUAGAAAGACAAACAUUGAGAGGAUGAGGCAGGGCCAUCAGAAGGGGGGAAUGUUGAAGAACUUGUUGUACCUUGAUGGGGACAGACUGUUUAUUAAGGUGACACUGUGGACUCUUGUAGGGGUUAUUACAGCUGCGGGAUUAACCUGGCUCAAUCAUUAUUAUGUCCAUGAUUAUAACUCAUGAUGUUGUCGAUUUUAAUGAAAACUAUGACUUUUGUUGUCAUGAUUGUUUAGAAAAACAUAGUUUUGAUGUAAGGAAAAUCUUGUAAGCUGGUCUUAGAGGAUAUCUGACCAGAAUUUUGAUGUUUUUCAGAAAUAUUUGAUGAAAUCUUCUGGUGCUUUUUUGUGAUUAUGUUAUUUUUUGCAUGAUUUUUCCAAGUAGUUCCCAGGUCAUUGUUUAUUUUUUUUUGAUAGUUACAGGAAUUUAUUCAUUCCUGAUACAUUUAAUUAUCAUUAAUUAAGCAUGCUGAUUCAGUGCUUUAAUAAAUUUUGAGCUCUGCUACUCAAAGACCAGCAGAGCCUAGAUGGUGGUUAAGUGUCUAUCUUUUUCUUUAUCUGUGAACAAUUUUUUGUCGUAACUCCUUGUACAGUUUUAAUCUGAUUUCAGUAAAACUUGGUACUCAAGUAGACUACAUGCAUCAUUCUGUAUAUCAGAUUUUGAAAUUGAUGAGUCAUGAUGCCAUGAUUACUGAAAAUAGAAAAUUCACCAGUUUUUUUUUUUUAAACUACUCCUAGUUGUAGAGUGAUAUCCAUAAAAAUUACAAAAGUAAACUACACUAAAAUUCAUGACUUUGUAUAAUAGUUUUGGGUUUAGAUGAAUGGGGUUGUCAUGGUUACCAAAACUGUCCAAAAGUAAAAAUGUCUGUAAAACUAAUUCAAAAUAUUACUCCUGCAGUUUUGAUUUGCUUUAAUAAACCAAUGGUACACAAGUAGACUAGACCAGUUUACAUAAUUAUAAUGUGUAAAAGAUUUGGUUUGAUUUAAUGAAACUAAAUGUACAGGUUUAAAAAAAAAAAAUAGGAUACAUUAUUCUGUAAAUGUAGAACUUAAAAAAGACGUUUCAAGUCCAGGUACAACUUUUCAAGUAUAGCAGUGUACAAGUAGAAAACAGUAGAGUUACAGUCUCAGCAGAGACUUUUUCAUAUAAAGGAAAGGUAGAUAAAUCUAAUUUCUCGAUCUACAGCUUCUCUUAUAUACAUGUUAUUGUUGUUAUUUAUGUGAAAAGUCUUUCAAAUUAAAAGCUACAUGAAUUUUCCUAAGGUACAUAUUAUUAUUAUUUUUGUUAGAGAUGUCUUACAUUUGAUUUGGUAUUAUAAACUACCUAUCAUGAUCACUGUCUAUUCAGACAUUGAGCAAGUUUACUGUACCCCUUGACAGCAACUAAUUUUGGAAGCUGUGUCUCUAAAAGUUGUUGCUGUGAGGGAAAAAUUAAUGAACUUGUUCCUCAUAUCCAGUGAACACAUGUACCUGUAGGUGUAUAUCUUCAUUAUCAAAAUUAUUUAAUUUUUACAUAAUGAUUUAGAGAAAUGAAAAUCUCUGAUAUGAGAUUAAGUUGUGAAGGUGUUCAAAAUUGUUGUUUUAUUCUAGUCGCUUAGUGAUUUUUUAUUUAUCAUAUAACUGCUCAUGUAGCUGUUAUGAACACAGAAUAUAAAAUCUUUUUGGGCAGCAGUGAUGUGUAUUUUUCUGUUUUUUAUCCUUCCUCAUUCUCUGGUUAAUGGUGAAUGUUAUCAUUACUACAUGUGUCAAUGAUUUUUGUGGGUUUUUUUUUUUCAUUUGUAUUAAAAGUAUUGCACAGGUUUAUCUUAAUAAGGUCUUAAAUAUGUCUGACAGAUAUUGAUAAACGUGAUAGACAUUUUGUAUGUGUAUACUAUUAAUUUCCAUAAAAACAUACUCUAUCUUUCAGAAGGAUAGCACUGAAAACUUUGUACGUUCAUUAUAAUCUUAAUAAGCAGCUUUCUAGUAGUGCCCCCCUAACUGAUGGAAUGUCAUCUUUGUUGUAUCAGUGCAUAUGUCAACGGAACAUAAAUGCAAAAUUGGUUUCUUUUUGUAAGAUGAAUUUUGUUGAAUAUAGAAAGUUUUAAAUUACUUAUAUUACCUGUUGUUGUUAUGGCAUCGUUUACCUGUGGAAUUAAAGAAAAUUAUGACAAUGUCA